UGAGCGUGUAACCCUUUUUCCUCUUUGCUACACGUAAGUAACAGGAAUAACGAAUAAGGAAAUAAUCUUGGAGGGAAGCGAGGAUGAGGGGAUUGAUGGAUCAACGCCAACGCAGGUACCGGAGCUCCCCACCAGGGAGAAAACAGCGCCACUGGAGGCCGGCACCCCCUAUCACCACGGUGGAGGCAGAGGCCCUCAUCCAGAGGGUCGGAAUCACGGCUGAGCAAUUCAAGGAGGUGCUGGCGGCACUGACGCCCAAUCGCGAGAUUGUGGUGGAAGAUGUGGCUGGGGGACCCACAGGCGGAAAGGCUGGACCUGCGGGCUCUCAGGGGAAAAAGAAGAAAGUGAGGCGGUCCCAGAAGAAGAAGGAGACCAAGCCUAAUGGGAAGACCGUAAUGGAAGAAGCGCUAUCCAGAUUGGACGAGGAAGACGAGUCGUCCUCUUUCGAGCGGAUGUCUGCUUUUGAUUGCUUGGGAGACCCCAAGUCAAAGAAGCCCCGAACCUCCGCGUUCAAACGGUUGCAUGACACUCGGUCGGCCCGGAAGGGCAACCUCAAGGAGACGCUCAAGGAGAGGAGAGGAGAAUCCACAGCGACCUCCAAUAUCGGCUCUGAGAAGCGACGAAAGGCGGUCGAGGACAAGGAAGCAGCUGAGCUGUGGAGGAUGUAUGAGCGACAAGAGAAGCGGCUGGACGCCCAAAACCCCUACCGCCAUGUGGUCUUUAGCGAGGCUUGUGAGGUGUUUCACAAUUUGCCCAAGGGAUCGAUAGACAAGUGGAGCGACCUGGCCCACAAGUUCUUGGAGCACUUCGCAUCCAGCCAGAGGCAAAAGCUCCCCUUCUCGCACUUGUUCAAUGUAAAGAUCCGGAAGGGAGAGCAGCUCCGGGAAUUCAUUAAUAGGUGGGAGAAGGAGGCCAAGGACGUCAAAGGGGCGGACGACCAAGCCCUGAUCGCCAUGCUCCAAGCUGCACUCCCCCAAGCAGAAGAAGAAGGAACCUCUGGUUUUCACGGACGAGGAUUACCCACUAGUCCUCAGCCCCCACAGGGACGCGCUGGUGAUAAAGGGUUCACAGGAGAUACCAUUGAAGCCGAAGGGACCAUCACGUUGAAGGCCGGGGUAGGAGAUGGCACCCACCGACUCUGGCUCGACAUGGAAUUCAUGGUAGUGCAGCUCGAUUGUGCACACUAUUUGAUUCUGGGGCGACCAGGGUUGGAGGACCUGGAGUGCGUAAUAUCCCCCGUCCAUCUAUGCCUGAAGUUUAACACCCCCACAGGGGUGGGAGUGGCAAAGGGGAAUCAAAGCUUGUCUCGAUCGUGUUAUGUUAGGGCGACCAAGAGCCAGGCACGGUUCGAUGAGAACAUACAGUUUAAGUCGCGACCGGAGAUAAAGGAGCAGGCCUUGGCGGAUUUCGUGGUGGAAUGCACUGUGAGGGAAGAGGAGUCCAAUGGAGAGGAACCCGAAGGAAACUGGUGGACUGUGUACACUGAUGGCUCGUCCGCGACUGAUGCUUCGGGGGGAGGUGUUGUGGCAAUAUCACCGGAAGGGUUCAAAGCAUACUACUACGUGAGGUUCCGGUUCAUGGUCUCAAACAAUGAGGCUGAAUAUGAGGCACUGCUUUGCGGUUUGAGGCUGGCAGCAUCAUUAAAAGCUGAACGGAUUCAGGUCCGAUGCGACUCCAAAUUGAUAGUAGGCCAUGUCACAGGAGAAUUUGAGGCCAAGGAUGAGCGAAUGAAGAAGUACAGGGACGCUGCUCUAGAGUUGCUUAAAGCAUUUAGAGCGUACCGGAUAGAGCAGGUCCUCCGAGAAGAGAAUGCCGAGGCGAACAUCCUGUCGAAGCUUGGUCCGGAUUCCCCAGAUCAUAUCAAGGCAAUGACCCGGGAAGAAGAGUUGCUCGAGCCAAGCAUUAGUCCUGGACAAGUGCUGGUCGUUACGCACAAAGAGCCGGAUUGGAUCGAUGAAAUUACCAUGUACAUCCUUGAUGGGUCGCUACCUACCGACCCAAUCGCAGCAAAGGUGGUGAAACGACGUGCACCUAACUACACUCUGGAGUGCGGUCGGCUGUACAAACGGUCAUACAAUGGUACAUUAUUGAGAUGCCCAAGAAGGGACGAGGCGCAGAAGUUAAUGGAGGAAAUCCAUGAAGGAAUAUGCUUGGCACACCAGGGAGCCUUCACAAUGUCCAGAAAGGUGACUCUGCAAGGGUAUUUCUGGCCAACGAUUAUCAGAGAUUGUGCAAAAUACGUGCGUAAGUGCAAGGAGAACAGGAAACAACACGUACCUCGUGGUCGCGAUCGACUACUUUACCAAGUGGGUCGAGGCUGCCCUCGUGCCGACCAUCACCGAAGAGUAGAUGAGGAAGUUUCUAUCCAAGCAAAUCUUGUGCCGAUUUGGGCGGUCGGGUACCCCCAAGCCAAUGGGCACGUCGAGAACACUAACCGUACCAUUUUGGAUGGCCUGAAGAAGAAGAUAAUGAAAUGUAAAAGCGCCUGGGUGGAGGAAUUGCCCUACAUCUUGUGGACCUACAGAACUACCCCGAGGAAGGCUACGGGUGAAACUCCGUUCUCGCUAACAUAUGGGUGUGAAGAAAGGGCUCCAGCGGAGACCUCAUUGCUGAGUUAUAGAGUGGAGACAUUUGACGCCCAGGAGAAUGAAGAAAACUUGAGGGCAGAGCUGCACCUAAUUGAUGAGCGGAGAGAAAGGGCGUACAUACGGGCGGAGAACUACCAUCGGCAAGUCAAGUCGUAUCACGACCAACGGGUGCGACCAAGGCAGUUCAGAGUAGGCGACUGGGUCCUUAGGAAAAGGGAGGGCGACGCCGUGGCGAGAAAGCCUAAGAAAACGGCUAAGAAGCUCUGGAAGGGGUUUGUCAAGAUCAUGCAUCAUGUAGUUCAUGACAAAACCCUUAUACAGCUCAGGGAGCGACUGCAGGAUCAGGUCCGUUGCCAACUCCUUCUGCAAGGAGAACCCGAGUUUCCCCAGAUUGGUUAUGUAACCAAUCAUUUUGAGAACGUGCGGACCGACCGGGUUCCCUGAAGAGAGCUUGCAACUAAAGAGAGCCUUACUCACGAGAAAACACUCAUGCCUGGAUUGCCCCUGGUAUAGCUGCCGCAAGGCCACGAUCAUCUCGUGGGUCUUCAUGUCCUCGUGCUGUUUUUUCAGCUCAGUUGUGCUUUGCAUCUUGCCCUACAGUUAAAUUAUUUCUGGUAGGAAUAAAUUCCAAUUGUAACAAUUUACAACUCUGGUUGGAUGAUCUGAUUUUAUUUAUUGAUCCUACCGCAGUGCCCUAAGUCUCUCAUCCUUAUGACCAAGACUUAGUUAAGACUAACCCGGGGCGAGUCAGUACCCUAGUUACGGGUUUCGCGCCUAACCAACGUAAACCGGGCGUCUCACUUGGGUGAGUCCGUUACCGAUCUAAAUUGGGUUUGACGAGUGACGGGGCGUCGGGGUGGCACAGACUUAAAAUUAUGAGGGAUUUAUAACGCAGUCUUGCCUAUGGCAUACACCGCGCGUAUGCACUAGCGAAA